AUGACAUCAAUCUGCUGUGUAUCAGGGAACAAACAACCGCAUAUUAUUUUCAUUCUCGCUGACGAUUUGGUAAGUAAUUAAGAUUCAUGUUAUACACAUUCUAUUAACAUCAUCAAUUACCUGUGAAGGAGAGGAGUUCGUUUUUAGAAUUUCUUCCUCGGGAAGAAAAUAUCAGAGGACAAUAUAAGGAGAUGUCACGUGACUGGCAUUCGAUGUGACUUUGAAACCUAGGUUGGUCUUUCAGUUGUUACGUCCCGAAACUUUGCCUUCUUAUACUUUAUAUAUGGUAAAGUUACUAGUUACGCAUUUUUUUGGCCAGUUUGACCAGGUUCUUGAAUAAUAAAGUAAAUUGUAACCAUCACCAAUUCCGCUCUUUUUUUUAACUCUCUGAACUGAACGUUAGCCUAAAAAGCCUAAAACUUUAAACUUGAAAGAACAAGAUCAUUUUUUGCCCCAUAAUGAUUCAUGUUCAGAAAUUUCAAAAAAGCUGCUUUAACAUAGAAUGUUAUUAUUCGUUUGCUCACAGGGAUGGGAUGACGUAGGUUUUCAUGGGUCACGUCAAAUACCAACUCCAAACAUCGACGCCAUGGCCAACGAAGGCGUCAUAUUAAACAACUACUAUGUGUCGCCAAUGUGCACCCCAACCAGAGCGUCUAUCAUGACAGGAAAGCAUCCGAUUCACCUUGGUAAGUCGAAGAAAGGUAGCCUAAUGCAGUAAUGGUACAAUUAUAUGUUUUUGAUAUUUUAUGUAUGUUCGGUACAUUAUAAUUCCCAAUAAAUGACGUACCUACCGACGUAGAAGCGAUCGUCACUGGGCAGUAUCCCAAGAAUUAGGUGAUGUCAAGAGACUAUAAAGGGGACAGAGAGGGCAUCCCCCAUAUACACCCUAUUCCAUAGGUAAUUCGUCUCGAGUUAUUUUUAACACCACAGAUCUUAAGGGGGAUUAGACAACAGCCAAUCACAUAGCGCGAAUGUGUUCCGCGUGGAUGACCCACGCUGAGAGCCACGCGUCCUUCACGAAAUGACGCAGAACAAAAUGGGGGAAGACGCGGAGAGCGAUUUUGCUAUUCCUUUUGUCGACGAAAACGACUACAGCGAGAUUUCUGCGAAAGCUGUGUCAGCGAAACCGAAAUUAAAAAAGAAUCGCCCUUCCUCUCUUGUAUAGAGCUAACAGUAGAGCAGGGAAAUCCUUAACACACUGAAUAUUCUCUCAGGAUCAUUUAUAAUUUACAGUUUGAAGAGAGCAAUUUCUGGUUUGAUGUUUAUUUUUUUCAGUCUUUAUAGCGAUUAUUCCUACCCACUUACUUUGUCAAUUGUAGGCGAACCCUCCUAAAGCUGAAUUUCAAGGGACCAUAUUCAAGCUCAGAAAGAGAAAUAAAAUUUCGUCGUUGCUUAUUUACGUCCUCCAUAAAACGCGAAAUUAGGCAUUUUCACGUCGUAGUCGUGCAAAAACGGGAAAGAAAUGAACAAAAAAGUGUGUUGCACGUGCGAAGUUGUUGUUUUGCUAAUUAAACCUAUUGUUUUUUUGACGUUCUAGUUGUCGUCCGCGUCGUUGGAUCUUAAACUCCCUAAAUUGUACAAACGACCGGUUUCAAUAGACCGGCGAAAUUUCUCAUUUUAUUAAAGCACUGAGGUUACGACAACUUCGAGUUAAACUGAUUUCACGGGUUGUCAAAGAGUCCAGCGAUUCCUUUUUCCCAGGUGAGCGCCGACUCAUUUCGCUUCAAUAUUCAGGAAUGCUCUCGAUCUUUUUACGCUUUCAUUGCCUCUCGCCCGACAUGUUUUGCACGGCGUUUGGUCAUGCGAAACCUCCACGAAACAUCCACGCCUCGCGCGAGGUAACUUUAUCCCGAUUCUAAAAAUAACUCGAGACGAAUACCUAUGGAAUAGGGUGUAUAUGGGGGAUGCCCCCUCUGUCCCCUUUAUAGUCCCUUGGUGAUGUAGAAACUAGACAUUAAGCAAAGUGUAAACGCAUGCAACAACUCCCAAUAUUGUUGGGCCAAUAAUGUUGGGAGUUGAUGUGUCCGUUUACACGUAGCUUAUAUAUUAACCAAUGAUAUUUUCCCAUCAGGUAUUCAACACUUCGUGAUUUUCGCAGCACAGCCAUAUGGCCUUCCUCUGAAAGAAGUAACGAUUGCGCAAUAUCUGAAAGCUCUUGGUUAUAAGACUCAUGCUGUUGGGAAGGUAGUGAUAAUGACAGUUAUUUUAAAAAGCUUCGAUUGUAACGCUUACCAGAAUCAAUGCAACUUUUAACUUAGCAGUUACAUUUAUUUUAGCUUGCACAAAACGCGACACUUAGUACUGUCUUUGUCCUCUGAGAUAUUUCAAAAGUUGCUUUGGGACUCCUAGUGAGCUAUUUUUCAAUGUAACAUUAACAAAAAACUGUGUUAGAGACCAAGAUUCCCGUUUAUGGCUCUCGACCCUGGGGCCUCCCCUUUGGAUUCUCUGCUCUUGUUCUCAUAGGGGGAGAUGAAAAUUAAAACAGUGAAAAAUGAUCGUAAGAACUGAGGAGUCUGAGCCAAGUUACUACUAGAUAGCAACCGGCUCUUCAAAAAUUUACCCCUUUGGUAUUGCUUAAUCCUUUUUUGUUUGCAAGUCGCUUUUUAGAGUUUUUCCCACGCUCUAGGGUAAGCCUUCUCGUUUUUUUUCACCCUUAUGCGAUCAACAAGUCAAGUAGCCUGAGAAAACAGCCGACAUUUGGCGACGCUACCACUGGUUUCCCCGCCAAAUGACGUCUGAGAAAUGAGCUCAGAAAUUCCAUACUGAUGAGGCGUCACUACCCAGAUCUGGGUAGUGCUUCUGAUUGGUUGAAAUAAAUUUCCCAUGCGGCACGACCAAUCAGAAGCCCCACCCAGAUCUGAGUAGUGACGCCCCAUCAGUAUGGAAUUUCUGCGAUCGUUUCUCAGACGCCAUUUGGCGGGAAAACCAGUGGUAACGUCGCUAAAUGUCGGCUGUUUUCUCAGGCUACAAGUCAACCUUGACACGCGUAAUAUCAUUUCUUUUUCAGUGGCACCUCGGAUAUUUUACCAAGGAGUACACUCCCUUGUACCGGGGUUUCGACUCAUUCUUUGGGUUCCUAGGCUCUAAGGAGGAUUACUGGGAUCACAGCUCGUUUGAGGAUUACUGGGGCUAUGACCUCAGAGACAAUAUGAAGGUAAAAAAUCACUAAGAAAAAUGGAGACUGGGGAAGAUGCCACCUCAGUCAAUUCUAUAACGGUAAACACUCGAACGCAAUUACCAAUCCCCUAUUACUACCCCGGGGGGAUACAUCAGGAAUUUUUGGGUGGGGAUGCGCCACUGGCACCCUGGAAACCUUAGCCUUUACCAGCAUUUGUAUGGGGGAGCUACCGUUUAAAGGAAUGCUUUUGCAGUCUUCUCGGCAGUAAAAGGCAGGGUCUGUGAUCGUAAGUGAGACCAUUGCUGGCUAUGCCAUGUUGAUGAGUCCUAACAAGGACGAAACAGCUGUCCAUGGCUACCACUGCCGGGUUGAUAUAGCUGUGCGCGUGCGUAAGGUAUACCAUAUGGCCAUACCGCGGAGGUAGUAGUGUGUGCCUCAGUUUAUAUUGUGGUCUUGAAUUUUGCUAACCUAUACUAGACUAAAUUCCCCGAAUCCCCCGUAUCCUAGAGUAGUUUUUUGACCGGAGUUGUGUAAAUUUAAACUUGCCAAUUUGAUUUUUUAACAAUUUUGAGUGGCAAUUUCCGGUUUCCCUAGUCUAGACUAAAAUGUUCAACCAAUUGAUCAGUUUCCUGAAAAAUGAUACCCUAUUCUAGACCCAAACUCUCUGAUUUAUAUACCCUAUCCCGGAGUAAACUGCUUGAAAACCAUACCCUUCACAGCGGCACAUACGUAUAUGGCCCAUUUAUGGCAGUAGUUCCACCAGGAUCACUACUAAUUUAGAUAAACCACAGCAUUUGGGAACGAGUCCCUGUUAGUUUCAGUGUGGACAGUGAGUGGCUUCUUUAUAGUUUACGUUUCACAGAAUUUUUUUUUGAGCAACGGUUUUUAGACGUGAGCACUGGGCCUACGGUUUAUCGUCCCGAGAAGAAUGGAAGGUCCAACUUUUUGCAAAUGUUAUUAUAAAGAUCCUCCGUGUUUUGACGUAGCCGGGAUUCAGGGACGGCCCACGGCCUUCUAUUCGGCAGACCGGCCCUCAUCCAAUUUAGCAAACUGCGUGAAUGUUACGAGACGUUAAAAGUUUGUAUUCAUUUACUACUUAAACGGCCUGAGCUGUGUGGAAAAAGCCUACACACUCAUGUAGUCUUAAAAUAGCUGCUUUAUGUUCCCCAGGAUGAGUUGGUGCUCUUUGAAGAAUUGUGAUAAAAUUCUACUACUCUUGAGCGCCUUUUUAUUAGCUCUUACUAAAAAUAGGCUUGUCAACCACAGGGAACCGACAGAAUAUGUGUUAUGAUUGGUUGCACCGUGCAAUUAGAUCACGUGAUUUGCCUCAACACCUGUUGUGUACAUCAGAAUAAACCCUGCUCUUGUUCGAAGUACAAUAUACAGUUAACUCUCGAUAACUCGAAUUUGCGAACUUGAGCCAAAGUCGAUUUUCCCUGGAUUUCCUUCAUACAUUUACUGUAAUUUUACUCUCGGUAACUCGAACCCAGAUAACACGAACCUCCCGCUAACUCGAAAUAAUUUUUGUUUCCCCUCAGAUCAUUUCUAUACAAUUUUAUCCUCGACAACUCGAACUAUAUUUUAGGCGUGUGACAAGUCGGGAAAAAAGUGUGCCGAAAUCCAGGACACUGAAUUUAUUUCAAAACAAACGAGUCAAUUCUUUUUUUCUUUCUUUUAUGCUUCAUGUUCCUUUACAUAUUACGAGAGUUAUGGAUGUUAGCAGAGUCUCGUUUUGGGUGAGCUCUGUUUGCUGGGACACAAAAUAAUUUCUGACUGUCUUGUAAUGCGAGGAAGGAGGCCUUGUGCCUCGCUUCCGUGACUCACAUAACCUGUGACAUAAAGGACACCUUCGUGACAAAUCAGCCGAAUGACAGGAAAACCCCGCUUUGCUGGUAGCUGGAGAAAUACAAUAUUGAUCAGUCACAUUCAGCAUAAAACUAUUUAUUUCUUUCAGACAUAAAUCUCAUUUAUGUCGCUCCAGCUCAAGUUUAGUGUCCCUUAAUCAAGCUUUGUUGCUUAAUUCCUUUGCAGAACAUUAAUCUAUAUCUCUUUCUGCCCUAGAAGAUAAGUGUGCAUGAUACUUGGGAUCAAUUUAGGUUUCUGAGAAACUGCCCCACCUACCCCUCCCCUAAGCCAACAUUUUGCCCUAAGUGAGAAGUAAGUGUUAAUGUUAGCUUAUGGGAGGGGUAGGUGGGCAGUUUCCCAAAAACCUAAAUUAAUCCGAUACUUGCAUUCCCUCCCAAUCUUUUUGCUUAUUUUCUUAGCCUUUUUAGUAGACGCCUGUUUUGUUUGAGGGAAUAUUAGGGACCGGUCAUUAUUUAUCGCCGGAGGAGGAAUGGAUGUUACCCCCCACCAUGUUUUCAUUUUCCAAGCAAAUUUGAGUAGUCCCCCACCUGAAUCCUUCCAAAGAUUUCAGUGAUCCCCACCUUUGGGUUCUCAGUUACGACUGAUCCCCCUUUUUUUCUCCCCAAAACCAAGUGAUCCCCCCUAAAAUCCUCCCCCAGGCGAUAAUAAAUGACUGGUCCCUUAGGUGUGCGCUAUGAGCGAUUGCAUGCGCAAGAGUCUUUCAAGUGACCAAGGGCACGGGCGUUUCACGUCAAAUGUUGUUUGUCUGCUAAUUUUUUUUCUUUAGCCGGUCAAAAGAACUGGAAUCUAUGGAACAGAACUGUUUACACAGGAAGCAAUAAAAAAGAUUAACGCCCAUGAUGUUUCUAAGCCGAUGUUUUUAUACCUUGCUCAUCAAGCGGUGCAUUCAGCCAAUAAGAACGAUCCUCUUCAGGCUCCAGAAGAUCUUGUUCAGGUAACCAAAAAUACUAUGUGGUGAUGAGUGAACUAAGUGUGCAUAAAUUGUGUUUGACUCGUGUAAAAUGAAAUAAAUGUGAGUUGUGCUUUGGUCGCAUCGUGAGUCAUGGUAACUCUUCGUUGACUUCCAUCUAGUCCUAGAAAAAAGAGUAAGAAUGCCAGGAGUCAAAGAAACUAAUUUGAUACCAGCGAAGUAUACAAACUCACCUCCCUCUGAAUUAGAUCAUCUCACGAGCCAACCUAUUGACUUUGGAGGCUCCAGUGGGGAAAAGAACGUGAAAAACAAAUUUACCAAUACAUUUCGCAUCAUUAGAGCAACAUGUGAAAUGAAAAAAAUCAUCACUUAUAGGGAAAAAGUAAGCAAGAUAGUGGGCAAGAUAUCAUAACCUGAACAAGGCAAAGACAUCCCCUGGCUUAUAUGACUGUAACUUUCAGCCCUUUCCACUGCUGUACAACGACAACUGUACUAUGGUUGUACCUAUGCCGAGGAAAUGAAUUCCAUACCUAUAAAAGCUCUUGUACGAUACACGAUAGUGAGCUCUCCCAUAAUAAAACAUCGAAUUUUUGAAGGGUUUAGAUAACUAGCUCGGACGCCAUACCCACUGGGCUACCGGGACCUCCGUGUUAAAGUCGUAGGGUCACAUCCUGUUAACUGCGCGCAUUCGGGCAGUCAACAUCAACGUUGUAAAAUUGAACUUCACGUCCUCUUCUGUUUGUUUUCGUCAUUCUCUUCAGAAAUUUAGCUUUAUCAAAAGUCCACAAAGACAGAAGUACGCAGCUAUGGUAACAGCCCUGGAUAACUCUGUCGGAGAAAUAAGGGCGGCUCUUGCCAGUCGCGGAAUGCUGCAGGAUUCUGUUAUAAUCUUUACCACAGAUAAUGGAGGAGCACCCUAUGGACUUAACUGGUAAAAAAACUAUUAUUGGAUGAGGUUUUAGAGAUAUCUGGAAUAAUCAAGAGUUAUCAGCCGAGCCGAAGGGCGAGGCUGAUAACACUUACAUUGUUUUCAAGAAAAUAAGGAAAAUGUGGAAAUAAUUCAUUGCGCGCACAACCUAUAGAUAAGUCACUAAUCUGGUAGCAGAUAGCGAACUAAUCUCUUGGUUGCGCUGAUUUCCAAAAUUAGCUGUAGGCUUUUAGCCAAUGAGAAGACAGAUACGGAAUACAAUGUAUAAUAAUAUAAAUAUAAAAUAUGUCUUUGUGUUUGUUGCUUCAAAAGAAAACUGAUGCGUGUCGUGUUUCUCAUUUGAUAUGAAGCCAAAAAAUUAAUUCCCCACACGUAUUAGGGAAUCCGGGAAAUUUUUGCUGGAGGAAUCAGGAAUCAUGGGCUUUGGAAUCCUUAAUACUUUUCAAGGAAUCCGGAAUCCCACUAACAAUUAGAAUCCGGAAUCCAAACUCCACUGAAAAACAAUCCGGACGCCAUUUCCUGGAAUCCAGAAUCCAUAGCUUGGAAUCCAGAAUCUAAGACUGUCGAAGAUUACUUUACUUGCAGGAAGCGAAAUGAUCAUGAUCGCUGUUUCAAUCCUGUUUCUCUUUCAGGAACGCGGGCUCAAAUUAUCCUUUCCGAGCAGGCAAAGCAACCGUUUGGGAGGGUGGAGUAAAAGGAGUCGGAUUCGUCUAUACUGCUAGUGAUCUCAUUAAACAAAAGAAACGUGUGUGUACAGAACUUAUCGAUGCCACAGACUGGCUACCAACCCUUUAUCACUUAGCAGGAGGUGAUGCGGAGCUUGUAUCGAAAGGAGCGGAUGGAAUGAACGUCUGGGAAACAAUAGCAAAUGAUGCACCAUCACCUCGGGAAGAAAUACUACAUAAUAUAGACCCGAGGUUAGUUUCUCCCUACACUCAGGGAAAUGAAUGCUUUUUACUACAGAUCACAUCUUGAUACUGUAGAAUUAGAUGUCUGAUCUUCUUGAAAGACCACGAUUUUAUCAUUUCAGAUUUUAAGUAAUAUAAGUUGGUUGGUUCAAGCAGCCAAAUGUUUCCGUGAUCUCUUUCCUACUCUAUAUACCUUGUUGAUUCCUAUCUAACUCGUUUCCGUUGCCACUGUUAACAAAAACAUUGGUCAAAUUGAAAAUGAAUUAUACUUAUAAGGCGUUUUUGCUAAUAUCGGAAGAUGGUUAAGUUUCACCCAUCACUAAGCCAAAUUUUGAGGAAGGUUUUCUUGUCUAAGAACAACGUGACUCGUGCGUACAAAACAUUGUUGAAACGUUACUCUGAGAUACGGUGAUGAUAACACGAAGUGUUAGUCUAAGCAAAACAUAGAAAGCUAAAAACGAAAAUGAAACAAAAUAUUAAUCUUCGAUAAGUGCUAAUCAACCUUUCAGAAACCGGGCCUCCGGGUUGUUCAAAGCUGGGUUAAGAUAACCCAAGGUUAAUCUGAAAUUUGAAUUUAGAUAUUAAAGCUUUUAUAGCAAAUUCAGUUAAAUUCUACAAUUGUCUACAAUUUGUUGAGAGGAUGCUCUAAAUAGAAUAAAGAAAAUUAUCGAAGAAAAAGCUGCAAACAAAACAUUAUCCGGAUUAAAAUUUAACCCGGGUUAGCGUUAAUCAGCCUUCGGACAACUAUGAGCCAUUCCUUCAUUUGAUGUUUUGGCUGUUUUCUUUUCUAUAUUUAUUACAAGGUUAAAGUUUGAAGGCAUUCGGAAAGGAAACUUCAAACUUGUAGUGGGAAUGGAUGACACGUUUGAGUUAGGUUGGCAUGCGCCAUAUCCAACUUUCAGACCACCCCCCUGGCAAGGAAACCCGCUAACUCUUCCGGGAGCGGUAAUCCAUUGUGGCCCUUGGACAAAAGGGAGGAACAUGUGCAAUUCCAAGAAUCACCAGGCAUGUCUGUUUAAGCUCGAUGACGGUGAGAAUAAUCAAUAACUUUUAAAGUUACCGCUUUGAGGCAAAUCUAUUAUCAAUGGCCAUGAAGGUUUUUUAAGGCUUACCCCUCUCCUUCCACCAAAAAAUAUAGACAACUCUGUCAUUAGUUAACAUUACAAUAAAAUUUAAGCUCACGGGCAGGCAGGAGCCCAUGAUAGAUUAUAGGCUCCUGAUGAUGGAAAAGGGUGGAACCUAAGUGUUCAUAAAAAAACAAAAAACGUAAAGGCAUAUCAAAAUACGAAAAAGGACUAGCACCAUGGGAGGAACCCAAUUUCUCCAAUCAGAAUCGGCUCCUGGUCGAACCUAUGACCCGGUACUAGUCCAGAUGCUCUACCACCGGGCUACAAGACACUCGUGGGAGCAUAAGGCUAUUAAACGAUAUACAACGGUCACCUUGGGUACAGAAAAAAAUGGCUAUUGUAGGGAGGUAGCCGUUGUAGAGAGGUUGAAACAAGAGUGUAUGGACUUCUCGUUCUUGGUUCUUUAUAUUUUGGCUGAUUUGAUCUCUUUUCUAGAGAUCCAACGUUUACAACUAACAGGAUCUUCGUCCACGGUUUUUGCAGUUAAUUUAAUCCUGUUGUAGAGAGGUGACAGUUGUGGAGAGGUGUCCCUUCGUGGUGGUGCGACUGUAGAUUCAUAAGCAAACUGCAUACUGCUUGGACUGGGAUGUCGAUAGGUUCGGCUUAUUCGUAAUAAUAUCAAUUUGAUGAUGAAUUAAGUCUGGUGUAUAUCAAUAAAAUUAAGUCUUCUUGUUUUAGAUCCUUGUGAAUACAAAGAUGUUUCCCACAUUUAUCCUGGGAAAGUAAGGGAGCUGAAGGAAAGAUUGGAUUAUUACCGCAGUACGGCUUUGCCAGUAGUUUAUCCAAUGAUCAGCCCCCAGGCUGAUCCCAAAAAUUUUAACGAGUUUUGGGGUCCAUGGGAAAAGCUUACGGAUAGAUCUGAAUAUUAUGCUUCGAAAAAGAUUUGCAAACGGGUACUGUUAAAGCAGGUCAAGAAUGGAUUGCAUCCUUCGCACUAUUAUAGAACUGGGUGA